AUGUCAAAUUAUCCACCUGUUUUUAUUGGUUUAAAUUCAUACGGGGGAUCAGAAGCCUAUGAGAACGUCUAUUCUCUGAUCCAGUUUCUUUAUGAAACCCAUCAGGAAUUCGAUCUUGAGGGUUCUUCAACAGAAACCUACAUAUUGCCCAAGGACGAAUUGACGCUAAUUCAACUUGUCUUACGUGAUUUUGACAAAGAUAAAUACCCUAUAAAACAAGAAGACAUAUCGCGUUUUUGGUAUAGAAUGUGUCGCCAUCGUCUUUAUCGGCAUCGAAUUCUUGUAGACGACAAUGAAUACGUGUUUUGUACUAAGGUUGACGAAUACCUGAAGGCUAAUAAUUUAGUUGACCGGAUUUUAAUUGCUCGUCGCUUGUUGAAGGAAUUCUUUGAAAAUUCUGCACUGAAAACCAAGUUAUUCUACUAUCGUUAUAUUGUUCAGUCGAACAAAUUAGAUUGGUUUGAGCAUCUAAUGGUUGAAAUUAUGGCAGAUUUUAAUGUACCACACCUAUGCUUUCCAUGUCUUUCAACUACUGAAAGCAAAUUCUAUUGUCUUCGGCAAUGUGAGAUUGAUUUCAACACCCGAUACAAGGAAUGUGUCUUACUUGAAACCCUUCUCAGUUAUCUUGGACUUGCAGUUAACAUUAAGGAUUCCUUACGUUUUUUAAGAAUAUUUAACCUACCUUACCGAGCAUUGAAUGAACAAACUUUUACAUCGCUUCGAAAAUUGGCUCGACAAGAUAAUCUAUCAGUUACUCAAGUAGCCAUCUCAUUUGUUGGUCGCAUGAGGUUAGGGGACUCCAGCUACGCUCCCGAAUGUGAUCAUCCGCUUCGUCGGUGGUCUUCAGGUUUGAUUCAUCUGGUGGAUUCUAUCAAUAGGUGUCACGAUGUAUUGUCUGGGGCUUCUGAUGAUAGUUUGUUGGCAUCGGGCACUGCUAAUUCACUAAUGACCAUUGAUGACGCUGUGAAAUCUGUAUGUCAAUGUAUUCGUGUUUCAUGUAGUAUUUUGCGGAAGCCUGGUGUAGUUGAUGAAAGUAUGCAUGGAAAAAUGAAGACAACCAUCAACUUUUCAGAAAUCCCUACUGUCUGCGAUAGUCUUGUUAAACGUAUUUAUCAAUUGUCUUCCACAAAUAUUAUUUCAAACAUGUGCCGUGAUACACCGGAUAGACCCUUACAUGCAGGAGGAAGUUUACGAGGUAGAGGAGCCUUUAAACUCAUACGUAUAUUACUUGUAACUGAAUCUGAAAGACUGAAAAUCGCUUCGACUAAAUAUCCCAAUUCAUUGUCAACGACAAAUAGUUCGUAUUCAUUUAACGAUUGUUCGAAUACACCCCCGAAUCACUUGAAAAAGUCUAAUACACCAACUACCGAUGGUCGUACAUGUAAACUGCUUCCAAUGUUUAUGUCUCCAUCUACACCAAUCGUAAACAAAUCAUCACCAUUUACCAGUGAUCAUAUUUCUCCACAAAUUAAAAUGAAUGAUGAGAAUAAAUUUCCUCUAAUGCCUAAACGAACUUUCAUGUCUCAUUAUCAAUCUAACCUAGAUUGGGUUAGCGGUCAUUGUUCUCCAUUAGUUAGUUUUGCUGACUCCAUUAAUGAAACCAGUUCAUUACCAUGUUGGCAAGUUGUCAAUGAAGAUUCACAAUCCAAUAUAUCAUUCAUUAAUAGCGGCUAUUCCGAACAUGGAACUCCAACUAAAUUGUCUGGUCUGAAAAAAAAACGGUCAAGGACUUUAUUCACAGAAGAAAAUGUUAAAAUUAGUGGUGUUGGGGAUGUACGCACCGACUUACUUAUUAAAAGAAGCAGUAAACGAGAUUCACAAGAAGUGAAUAGGUACGAAAGAAGAUCACAACAAAAUAUUAAACAUUCUAACCAAAGAAAGAGUCAAUUGAAAAAGACUUCAUCUGCUAACAACAAUAGACAACGACAACGUUCUUUACUGGAAUUUUUAAAAUAUAGUGAUUAA